UCACACACACACACACACACACUCACACUCACCCACACCCGCACCAACCUCCUGUCUCUGCACUGAGGACACCCCUGGGUGUGUGUGAGAGAGACAGUGUGCGUCUAACUUUCCGUGCUGGAUCUUUAAUCCCUUUCAUCCCCUACUCCAGCAGCGAGCCUCAUUAAGCCUUGCCUCGUCUCGUCUCACUGGGAAGAAAGCAUGGCAGACGGAGCGUCCACCAACAUGCGGCUGAAGCUGCCGAUCACCUGCUUCAUCCUGGAGAUCAUCCUCAUCAUCCUCUUCGGUGUGCUGGUGCAGUACGACAAAGAGACGGAUGCAAGGGAAUGGCAUAACGAGAGCCACUCUAACUAUGAGAACGACUUCUACUACCGCUACCCAAGUUUCCAGGACGUCCAUGUCAUGAUCUUCAUUGGUUUCGGCUUCCUCAUGACCUUCCUGCAGCGAUACGGCUUCAGCAGCGUGGGCUUCAACUUCCUGAUUGCAGCCUUCGCCCUGCAGUGGGCAACGCUCAUGCAGGGCUUCUUCCAUGGUAUGCACGGAGGCAAGAUCCACAUCGGAGUGGAGAGUAUGAUCAAUGCUGAUUUCUGCACUGGCUCUGUGCUCAUCUCAUUUGGGGCUGUCCUGGGUAAAACCAGCCCGGUCCAGCUGCUGAUCAUGGCGAUGUUCGAGGUCACGCUGUUCGCUGUCAAUGAGUUCAUCCUGCUCACUGCUCUGGGGGCUAAAGAUGCCGGAGGCUCCAUGACCAUCCACACAUUUGGGGCCUACUUCGGCCUGAUGGUGACUCGAAUCCUGUACCGACCCAACCUGGAAAAGAGCAAACACAGGAACGGCUCAGUCUAUCACUCUGACCUGUUCGCUAUGAUCGGUACCCUCUACCUGUGGAUGUUCUGGCCCAGCUUCAAUUCUGCCAUCACGGCUCACGGAGACGACCAGCACCGCACAGCCCUGAACACCUACUACUCCCUGGCAGCCUGCACUCUGUCCACCUACGCCAUGUCCGCCAUCACAGAACACAACGGAAAGCUGGACAUGGUCCACAUCCAAAAUGCUGCCCUGGCCGGCGGAGUCGCAGCGGGAACGGCUGGUGAAAUGAUGCUGACACCGUUUGGCUCCAUGAUUGUCGGUUUCCUGGCGGGCAUUAUCUCUGUCCUGGGCUUCAAGUACCUCUCACCCAUCCUGGAGUCAAAGCUCAAGAUCCAAGACACCUGCGGGGUUCACAACCUGCACGGCAUGCCCGGCAUCCUGGGCGCUGUCGUGGGAGCAGUUACUGCUGCUCUGGCAACCGUGGACAUUUAUGGAGACGGGAUGGAAGACGUGUUCCCUGACGUGGCCAGCGGAGACAUCACUGCGUCUUUCCAGGGCGUUCGUCAGGCCAUUUCCCUCGCUGUCACCCUGGGCAUGGCCCUGCUGGGAGGGCUUAUUGUCGGCUUCAUUUUGAAGCUUCCCAUCUUCGGAGCUCCUCCUGACGCCAUCUGCUUUGAGGACAGCAUCUACUGGGAGGUUCCUGGAGACGAGCCGAGUCAUGACGACCAGCUGACCACCGUGAGGACGGAGGAGUCUGAGAAGCUCAACAGCUAAACACACGCACACACACACACACACACACACACAUGCUGAGGUUUUAACAUCCUAGCACUUGAGUAUCACACCCUGUAGGUGUUAUACAAAAAAAAAAAAAAUUUUAAGUACCCACAUUGUGCUCAUGUCAGCUGCCAAACGUUUGUUUCUAUGAGCAAAAACUCACAAAUGCACAUUUUUCAUUCUGAAGAAAAACACAAAUCACAGUUUACUGAGAGCUUUGACCACUAGAGGCUGAUCUAGAGCUAUGCUGCCCUGUGCCACAGGCCUGUGAAAAGGCUGCAGAGGAAAAUGAUGUGUCUGGAAGCUGAUGUCUAAUUGUCAAGGCCACAACAUGGUGACAGAAUUUAAUCUCCACAUCCAGUUCAAACCAAAGACAGAAUCCUUCAGAGCCAGAAACCAUUUAACAGACACAGCCUGGGAAACACAUUUUCGUAGUAAACCAAUUUUUAUUUUUACUAUUUUCUUUAUCUUAAAGGAUUUUCAUGCAAAACAAUGCAUGGACAUAAUGAUGUUUUUUUAUGUAUGUGUUAUCUCCUAAUAGUUCAGGUUUGGGAUUUUCUGUGAUUUUAUUUUUCAUAUUAAACUGUAUAUGAUUAAUUAGAAGAGAAAUAUUACUGUUGGUUCAGUUUUAUCUUGACAUUGUUUGUUGGACCUUCAGACAAAACUCCACAGAUUUUUAGAUUAGCCUAAAUUUAUUUGGCAACAGCUGCCUUCACUGUUUGACCCAAAAUUUCUGUGAAUUGAAAGAAUUUUGAAACGCAAAAUUGAAUUUGUGAACUUUUCGCACAAUAAACUGUUCAAAUGUC